CGGACCUAAAGCCCCUUCAUUUCGCGCCAGGAAGAGACGCCAUUGUAGAUAAUCACUCAUUUUUGACCCGAAAUUCGCCGCCUGUUCCGCCCUGCUCUCCCUCCCUGGCCCGGAAUUGCCCCCUUUCACCCGUGAGACUGAGAAAACGAGGAUAAAUGUGUGAAACGAGGGAAGAGAUGAGCGUCAUGUGGGUCCAGUGUUGAUGGAACCAAAACAAAAACAAAAACAAACCCGAAGAUUUGGAAGUUUGUUGUUGUUGUUUUUUUUUGUGAUCUUCUCGUAAAAUGCUCUACACGAAGGAGACAUUUCGUGAGCUCGAUGCCAUCAAGAAGACGGGCCUCGAGUAUAAGGUUACACAGAUCUUCUUGAAAAUAGGAACCAGUAUUUACCCCAGAAGGAGAUUAUGUGAGGUUGUUACUGACAGUGGAGAACGUGUAGUUGUCAAGGCUAAACACUCCGGAGUUGUGAGACAUUUGCUCAUUAAGAUUGAUGAUGUUGUUAAAGAUGGGAGUGACCUGGUUGAACUGGAAGCAUGUGCCCAUCCAACACUUAUGGGUAAUAUUUGCUGCGAUUGUGGUGUCGUUCUUGAGGACAAUGAAAUUACAAAGACUGAAGUGGUCAGCAUGCUGCACACUGUCCCAGAUCUCAAGAUAAAGAAAAAUGUGGCUGAAGAACUGGGCAAGGAAGACAUCACAAAUCUUUUGGCUCAAAGAAAAUUAGUGCUUCUUGUGGACCUGGAUCAGACACUCAUUCACACUACAAAUGAUAAUAUUCCACCAAACCUAAAAGAUGUAUAUCAUUUUCAAAUAAACACUGGAGGUCCAUGGUAUCACACAAGGCUAAGACCUCACACAAAACAGUUUUUAGAAAAGGUCUCAAAAUAUUUUGAACUUCAUAUUUGUACUUUUGGAGUGAGAGAAUAUGCCCAUUACAUUGCUCAUUUCUUGGAUCCCGAUCACAAGCUGUUUGGACAAAGGAUUCUCUCAAGAAAUGAAUGUUUAGAUCAGAUGUCAAAAAAAGCUAAUUUAAGCUCGCUGUUUCCAUGCGGAGAUAACCUGGUGUGUAUCAUUGACGACAGAAGUGAUGUUUGGAAUUAUUCCCCAAAUGUUAUACAGGUGGUGCCAUACCACUUUUUCCGGCACACAGGUGACAUCAAUGCACCACAGGGCUUACAGAAAAAAGAGAAUGAUGACCAGAAAGGAUAUGAUUUUGAAAAUUUGAGACUCUCACGAGACAAUACAGAAGUCAGCGAUGGUGAAGAAGGGGAUAAAAAGAAUUAUAGCUCUGACUCUGAUAGUGAUAAAGAGACAAAGGAAAUUUUAUCCGAUUCAAACAAAGAUACAGUUGUUAACACUGAUCAAACUAGUGAUAAGUUGGAGAACGUAAGUACAGAAAGUGUUGAAGAUAGUAAAAGUAAAGAUGUGAAUAACAAGACAGCAGAUGUGCAAGACACCUCUAUAGUGACUAACAAAGAGAAAGAUGAAGGCUCAACAGAAGUACAAUCAAAUAGUGUAGAAAGCAUGACAAUUGACACAGAAACAAGAGAAAAUGGCACGAAAGAAGAGGCAGAUGAUAAAGAAAAUGCUGAUUUGACUGACAACAAAGAAAGUGAGGAAAGAAAAAGUUUGAAAGAAACAGAUAUAACAGAGGAGAUAAAAGUGAAAAACCAGGAUGCAGAUGAUGGAGAAGCUGGCAAGCAGAAAGAUUUUAUUGAUGUUGUGGACAAUGAUGAUUUUUUGCUCUAUUUAGAAGACAUCUUGAAAAAAAUACACAGAGCCUUCUUCAAGGAAUAUGACAAGCUUCCCCAGGGCUCUACAGAAAAAGAUUUACCUGACUUAAAGAGAAUUAUCCCUAUCAUUCGACAAGAGGUUCUAAAAGGUGUGAACAUUGUAUUUUCUGGGGUGGUGCCACAACAAAUGAAGCUGCGGGAUUCAAAAGCUUAUUUUAUAGCCAAUUCCUUUGGUGCUGUUGUGUCUGAAAGGUUAAUAGUGAAAGCAAAAGGUGACACUGAAAAGGAGGAUGCUAGCAAAAAGCUGAACUACACAUCUCAUAUGGUGGCAGCAAAUGUACACACAGAGAAGGUUCACCGAGCACGCAAGCACAAAUCUAUAAAGAUUGUUACCCCCAACUGGCUAUGGACAUGUGCAGAAAGAUGGGAGCAUGUGGAAGAAAGGUUGUUCCCCUUGAGCAGUGAGACGGAAAAAGAUAUACAGCGCCUUCCUCCCCAUCACUGCUACUGCCCCGAUACUCUGUUGUUGAGAUCACAGUAUGAUGCAGCAGAGGAGGCCAUGCCAGGGCCAAGCAGUAGAACCAGAACCCCAAGUGGCAGUAUGCUAGAAGAUGUCAAUCCCCUGAUGUUUUUCAGCCCAGAUGAGAAGAACAACAUGGCUAGUGAAGUAGAACAAAUACUGAGCGAUGAGAGCGAUGAUGACGAUGGACCAGGUGAUGAAGAUGAUGAGCAAGAGAGUGAUGAUGAGGACGAUGAUGACGAUGAGGAGGAUGAUAGUGAUGAUGAUGAAGUUGCCCCUAGUAACAAGAAAUUCAAGAGAAUAGAAGACCAAGAUAGCAAUAGUCAGUUUUCAAAUAUGAGGUCGGGGGAUGAGAAAGAAGAGGACUCGCCUCUGCCCAGUGAGGUGUUUCGGCAAGGUGGCGGCCUCCCCAGUGAUGAUAGUGAUGAAGGCAUGAUGGAUGAUGAAGGAGACCUCAGCAGAAUGGGGGCUGACCUUGAGAGUCUCUUGGACUAGAACUGUUGCAGUACAAAUUUUAUAUCCUCAAUAUUCUCUCUCUCUCUCUUCUCUUUCUUUCUCUCUCUCUCUCUCUCUCUCUCUCUCUCUCUCUCUCUCUCUCUCUCUCUCUCUCUCUCUUCUC